AUGGAAGGUACAAAUAAUAUAGUAGAAAUACCAAUUGAAAAUUCUCACAAUCUUAGUAGUAAAAAGCGACAAAUUUCCUCAGAAAAUACUAUUACUUUGAAGUUUGUUACUCUCAAAAUGAAUAAAGUUUCAGAAAAGAUCAACAGUGCUGAAUAUAAUAAUCAAAAAACUAAUCAAGAUAUAAUUCGCUGCUAUCAUAACUUUGGAAAAGGAUAUAAUUUAUGGUAUGAUUUUUAUAGACAAUCGCAUAAUGAGGACACAUCUAAUGCUUUAGUUGAUGAUAAAAUUAGAGAGCAUAUCCUUGAUCAAGAUAAAUUACAGAGCAUAUCCUCGAUCAAGAUAAAAUUACAGAGGUUAAUCUUUGAAAAAGAAAAAGCCAAAAAGAUUUUUACUUUUUAA